GCUGUGGGAGGGCUCAUAGAACACUUUGAAGCCGGCUCUGCCUCAUUUGGGACGUCCGAAGGAAGAAGAGACAAACCAUAACAAACGGUAACUAAAACUAAUGAGCUCAUCAAGUUGGCAUCAUUGAGAUUAUGUCUGUCUGUUUCAUAUGAACUUGAAACAGUUCGACAUCUGCCGCAAACCCGUUCUGACGUAAUGGUAGCCGCGUUGGUGUGGAUCACCGCUUUCAGCGGCUUUUUGCUGUCAGUUCCAGUCAAAGGUCAAUCCGUUAAAUACUUUACUGAUACGGCACCGUGGGACUACUAUUUUAGAAAAACAUUAAAUGAUUGUCCAAAAAGAUUUUAUCCGAAUCCUCACAAAUUUGACUACCACCACAUUUUCGGGGGAAGACGAGCAUUAGUUGGGGAAUUUAUGCAUAUGGCGGCUAUUGGAUGGACUGCGGAUGAUGGAAACAUUCAGUAUAUGUGCGGUGGAGCACUGAUCUCAUCAACAUUUGUCUUAACUGCAGCUCAUUGUGCUAUAAAUGGAGCCGGUAAAGAACCGGAUACUGUGCGUUUAGGUGAUACCAACUUAGCUGACGUAGCGGACGAUAUAACAGCACAACAGAUUAGCAUUCGCAGUUUUAGAAAACAUCCUGAAUAUCGACCUAGCAGAAAAUAUUUUGACAUCGCACUCAUCGAACUGGAAGCUGAAGCAAAGUUCAAUUAUGCUACUUGUCCUGCUUGCAUUUGGUUGGAUAAAGAUACUCCCCUAGAACCAAUGCAAGCCAUUGGGUUUGGGGCAACUGGGUUUGGGGAAAGUUUGAGCCCAACCUUACAAAAAGCCACACUCUCGUUGAUCGAUAAGAAUAACUGUUCUGAAACACUUCCUGUCAGUAACCGUCAACAGCCAAACGGUUUCGUCGAUGAGCAGUUUUGUGCUGGAAAUGAUCAUAUGGACACAUGCGAGGGUGAUUCCGGCGGUCCAAUUCAAAUUGAAAAAGAAGACACCAAUGGAUAUUUGAUACCCCUCAUUGUCGGUGUAGUGUCAUAUGGUUCACCUUGCUCCAAUGGAUCAAUUGGUGUUUACACUAGAGUGGCUUCAUAUCAAGCAUGGAUUGAACAAGAACUGCAACAUUCAAUUGAUUACGUGACUUGUACACGAACGACAUUUUGUUAUGGACGAAAAUAUGUUCACUCCAAAAUAGACCAAACUUUUAAUUUGGGCCCUUUUUCCCGAGUUGGUUUAGUGUGGAACACUAGUGAUGAUAAUGCUUUUGAGUGUGGAGCUACAGUAAUAGAUUAUCAGUUUGCAAUAACAUCAGCAUACUGCACACACUUGAAAGGAGUUAAACCACAUAGUAUAUUAGUACAAAACAAUGGUGAGAGGGUUGAAAUUGAUGAAAUCAUAGUUCAUCCACAAUACAAUGUUGGUAAGCCCCAACAUGACAUCGCAUUGCUAAGGUUGACAAAAUUUGCCAAACAUAACAUGGAAUUCGUUCCCGUUUGCCUUUCGAAAAAAGAUCCCAAAGAUAGAAAUGAAGGAUAUCAAUCGGUGUCAGCUUAUGGGACUAGCUAUGCUGACAAAAAUUCUUUUAGAAGAUAUAACUAUGUGGAGUAUAAUAUUAACAUUGCCACAAAUUCAGAAUCUAGUAUGCAGUGUGGAAACGUUGAAUUUUCAGAAAAUCAUUUGUACUGCUUGAAUAAUUCAAUCAAUUUGAUUCCAACGGUUUGUGAUAUGGACUAUGGUGGCCCCGUGUUCGUUAAAGAUAUGUUUCGUGUGCCUUUCUUCUUGGGAGUUGUAUCUAAAUUAAGUGAAGGAUGUGGAAAAGAUAUAGUAGUAACAAAGAUAAGCGCAUACAUUGAAUGGAUUGAAAGUGUAAUAUUUGAUCAUACUAGUGAGAAAUUGAUUUUCCAAUAAAAAGUAAAUAUACAAGAUUU